CAAACAUAAAACCGAUGCAUUGAAGCGUUUUAGACCAAUCAUUUGUAUAUUACUCUUAGUGUUUUGAACAUACUUCUGUUUACCUAUCUACUAGCUCAUUUCAACGUAAUUUGCUUGUGAAAUUAGCGAAUGUUUUAAGUUGAUACAGCAUUAGGCUAUUCGCCCGGAACAUGAGCUCACUUAGCAAGACGGAGAAAGAAGCUCUGGUGAAAUUAGAGAAAGAAACUUUCAGAAUGAAAAUGGAGAAAGAUCCCAUACCAUUGAAAGAAGAUACUGUAGUGAAAAAAGAGGAAGAACAUUUUGGAGUGCAAGAGGAAGAGGAGGCUAUCUCAAUUAAAGAGGAGAAGAAAGACGUUUUGGGAGUGAAAAAGGAGGAGGAGACUGAAGAUCCGAUUACCACCAGAGGAAAACCAAACUCAGAGGAACCAGAUACAUCCAAACUAGCAAGACGACACCUCUGCUCCCAGAUUGGAACGAGUUUUACCAAGUUAGGAAGCCUGAAAAGACACGAUGGGACACAACCAGGAGAUCGGGAAAGUGACACAGAAUUACUACAGGACGAAGACGAGUCAUUGAGCGAACUUAGCUUUGACUCCCAGACGGAAGAUAUGUUUUUACACGGCGAGGACAUCGUUUUGGACUGUGCCAGGGACUCGGAUGAACAAUGGGAACCCACAAUGUCAAGGUGUCCAUCCCCCACUAAUUCAGACACUGAAGCUGGUUCAUCCAGCCGGACCCCUGCUGUCUCCGGCUCCACACCUUCCCCCGCCCGGCCAUCUAGAGGUGUGAAGGGGUCAGCCCAGAAGCGGAGGAGGGCCAGUGAACCAGCGGCAACUACCACCGAGGCAGAGGACCGUUGGCACACUGUGCUAGAGGAUGACGUGGAGCCACUUCCACCAACAUUUAGACCGAAAAGGCAGCCAGGACCUCAGCUGGACAUGACUGCAAAGUACAGCCCACUUCAUCUUUUCCAGAUGUUUUUCUCCUUGUCAGUUCUUGAUUUGCUGGUGUCUAACACCAACAAGUAUGGGGCUAAGAAACAAGGAGGCAAGAAAGAGGCAUGGAAGCCCGUUUCCGUCCAAGACCUGUACUGUUACAUCUCACUGGUCAUCUACAUGGGGCUGGUGAAGUUGAAAACCCUGGAGAACUACUGGAAAACAUCACCUCUCUACCUACUGCCUUUCCCCACCACUGUCAUGUCUUGUAAAAGGUUUCUGACUAUCUCACGGGCGCUUCAUAUCAGUGACCCACAAGUUGACGAAGACAAUGACAAGAAGAGAGGCACAGCAAGCUUUGAUAGGCUCUGCAAAAUCAAACCUCUCUACCCCAGCAUGGUUGAAGCUUGCAAGGCCCAUUUUCAGCCCAACCAGAACGUGUCCAUAGAUGAGAGGAUGGAAGCCUCAAAGGAUAGAAUUGGCUUCAAGCAACAUAUGUAUAACACGCUGUGUGGGUACAAACUCUUUGUUCUGGCCGAUUCUGUGUGUGCCUACACUUGGAAUUUGUUUGUUUAUGAGCAGGAAAGCAGUGUUGCGACCGGUAAGGGACUCGGUUAUGAUUCCGUUAUGGAGUUGUUGGAUUUUCAACUGCUGGGGACGGGCUACAAACUGUUUGUGGACAGCUUUUACACAAGCCCUACCCUUUUCACAGACCUGGGGAAGCUGGAUGUGUGGGCUUGUGGCACCAUUCGUACCAACAGAGUGGGUUUUCCCAAAACAAAAGUAAACGACAUGCCUAAGCGGGCUGAUAGGGGUACCAUGCGAUGGAUUCGUAAAGAUGACCUGCUCUUUGUGAAGUGGAUGGAUACCAGAGAGGUGGUCAUGUGCUCCAGUAUUCACAAAUCAUACAGUGGCAAUCACGUCGGCAGGCGUGUGAAGAACGCUAAUGGGGCAUGGACCACAAAAAAUGUCCCCAUUCCUGCUGCUGUGAAGGAUUACAACAAGAGCAUGGGAGGUGUGGACCUGUCAGACGCUCUGAUAGGCUACAACAAUGUUCUCCACAAGACAAUGAAAUGGUACAGGACAUUGUUCUAUCACUUCAUCGACAUUGCUGUGGUGAAUGCAUUCGUCCUUCAUGAGGAAAUGGCUAAGAGCUGUGGACAGACCCCCAUGACACAGCUAGCCUUCAGAGAGCUGCUCAUCCAGGAGCUUGCUGGCUACAGCAAGUCCACUGCAUCACAUUCUGUCCCUUCUACUCCUGCCACCUGUAGUGUUCACAUGCCCAGAUUCCUUUCUGCAGGCAUGAAUGUGCCUCGGGGCAAAAAGGGCACAGUAGGGAGGCGUCGUUGUGUUCUGUGUCACAGGAAAGGCCCUGUCACCUGCACCACUUGUUCUGUUACCCUCUGCUUUACACCAGAAAGAGACUGCUAUGGGCCUUGGCAUCAGCAGCACGAUAUUGUGUAGAGGACUGAGGGUCUUCCAAAUACUGGCAUUCUAAAGUCUGUAAUUAAUUAUAAUUUUUUUCAUAAUUUUCUCCCCUUUGGUUUUUU